AUGUUGCUAAUGAUUAUAAAUUUUAUCAACUCUGCUUACAAACUUGUCACGUAUGAGGCGUAUCAUUCCAAAAUCGAGCAUGAACUCGUUGUUGGGAACAUGGCGCUGCUGCCGUUGCGUACGAAUUUCAAGGGACCAGCUCCUCGGACCGAUAAUGAGCUCGACAUAAUUGAUGAGGCCCUUAUGUAUUUCAAACCCAACAUUUUCUUCCGCGAGUUCGAGAUCAAGGGACCUUCCGACCGCACUCUGAUCUAUCUGACGCUUUACAUCACGGAAUGCUUGCGAAAACUGCAGAGGAGCCCCAGCAAGAUCUCUGGACAAAAGGAUUUGGCUGCACUGGCACUCAGCCAUCAGCUGCCGAUUCCAGGAGAAGCAGAUUUCCCUCUGAACAAUAUGUUCAAAGCUCCAGCAAAUAAGCAGGAAGAGGAGACUAUGCGUUCCUACCUGCAACAAAUGAGACAAGAGCUGGGAAUGAGACUUUGUGAGCUAGCAUUCCCGGAUCCUUCAACGAAACCUAGCAAGUGGUGGUUGUGUUUCGCUCGCAAGCGAUUCAUGGACAAAGGACUUGUAAGCCAAGGAGUUACCUUGUAA